ACUUACUCAGCAUAAUUAUAAUUAUGUCUGAUGAAGAAGCCGAAACUUCUGAACCAGAAAUUGAACGACAGGCAGAGAAGAAAGUCAUUUAUCCGUUGAAAGUCUUCUAUUGUCCAGAAUGCACCCUCCCUCUUGAAUACUGUGAAUUCAUGCCAGAAGCUACUCGACAAAGAUGUAAGGACUGGAGAGACAACAACAAUGAUUUGUUGAUUGCUGAAGGAAUUGAUAUGGAAAAGCUCUCACUUGAGGAGACAUCCGGUGAAAAGAAACGACAGAAGCGGGGAGGAAGAGGGAACGUUAAAGCAAAACAAAAGAAAGAGCCGGAUAAAGUUCGAAUCGCUAAGAUACCGAGGGGAAAGAAAAAAUUUGUAACAAGAGUUCAGGGAUUAGGGACAUUCGAUGUCAAUCUGAAGAAAGCGUCAAAAUUAUUUGCUCAGAAAUUCUCUUGCGGUUCUUCUGUGUCUGGCCCGGAUGAGAUUAUUAUUCAGGGAGACUGCACAGAUGAAUUGUUUGAUUUGAUACCAGAGACAUGGAACGAGAUUGAAGAGGACCAUAUUGAAGAUCUUGGUGAAGUUAAGAGGUGAUCUAUCCAUGGAGAACAAGCUAAACAAGAGGACGGGAGUCGAAUCCGCUGAAGUCACGAUGAAAAAACUACAAGAACAAUAAAGUGACUUAAAUUAGACAUUUUGUCAACUAUGAAUUAUGCAUGAAAUAAGUUUUUUUGCUGAUCUCAGCAUAAAUUCUUGCGCAACUUGCAGCAGCUCAAUAAUAAAAAAUGUUUAUUUUAUUUACUGUGAGAUUGUUAUAUGGUAAUAAAUGAAAAGCAGGGGUUA